GGCGAAGGAUCGGCGGCGGCCGCGCUCGCGUCGGAGAGGGCAUGGCGGCUCCGGAGCGAAGGGCCUUCGCGCACCGUAUUAACCGGACUGUGGCAGCUGAAGUGAGGAAACAGGUGUGUCGAGAAUAUGGCAACUCACCACAGCUCUCCAAAAAACGUGGUGGCACCCUGCAGUCGUUACCUCUGACAGAAGUGGUAGAGCCAGUUGACUUUGAGAAAUACCUUAGCACUCACUUGCCAGAUGCUGAGCCAGGCCCACUUGGUGACCUGAUUGAGUUUCCUAAAGAUGACCUGGAAGUGUCCCAUGAACCCCGGGAUUGUCGGACCCUAGAACCUGGUGUCCCCGAGGAUGGGAAACAAGAUGCCCGGGUAAGAGAUGCUGUCCAAGUCUACACAGAAGAUUGGGUCAUCGUCAAGAAGAAGUACCAGAAACUGAGUACCAUGUAUAAUGCCAUUACUGCUGAGAGGCAAAGAGAAAGACAGAAAGGAUUAUCUAGGCAAGUCUUUGAAUUAGAUGAAGUAGCUGAAGAGAGGAGCAAUCAAGGGGAUACGGAUGACAUAAAGCGUUGCUCUGGUUCCUUGGAAGAUAUGCCCCGAGGCAGUUGGACAUCCAGUAUCUUUGACCUGAAGAAUUCUGCAGCUGACUUUUUACUCCGUUCACUCCUGGUGCGCACUGCCAUUGAAGAGACUGACUGUUGUAAUGAGAAGCUACGCAAGAAGAACCGGCAUCAGGAGAUCUUGGCCCUUUACUCAGCCCCUGAUGAAGAAGAGGCAGUAGAACGGUGCAGCAUCCCAGAUAUUCCAAAAGAGCAGUUUGGGCAGAGGAUCUUAGUGAAAUGCUUGUCUCUGAAGUUUGAAAUAGAAGUUGAACCCAUCUUUGGAUCACUGGCACUCUACGAUGUGAAAGAAAAGAAAAAGAUCUCUGAAAAUUUUUAUUUUGAUCUCAAUUCGGAACAUAUGAAAAGCCUUCUCCGAACUCACAGUGCUCAUCCUGCCAUCUCUACACUAGCUCGUUCAGCUGUGUUCUCUCUUACACAUCCUUCUCCAGAAAUAUUCUUGGUGAUCAAGCUAGAGAAAGUGCUACAGCAAGGGGACAUCAGUGAAUGCUGUGAACCUUAUAUGGUCAUGAAGGAAACAGAUGCUUUGAAGAACAAGGAGAAGUUGGAGAAGCUGCGAGUGACAGGAGAACAAUUUUGCACCCGGUUGGGGCGCUACCGUAUGCCAUUUGCCUGGACUGCCAUCCACCUCAUGAAUAUAAUUAGCACUACUGGGAUGCUUGAGAGGGAUGCUUCAGACUCUGAAAAUGAGCGCAAAGGUACCUGGAAUGAGCGCAAGAGGAAAGCCUAUGGACGCUUGAGUGUUGGGGAGGAGAUGUGCAGCUUUAGCAACUUCCGUCCAGCCACCCUCACAAUCACCAAUUUUUUCAAACAGGAAGGUGAUCGUCUUAGUGAUGAGGACUUGUACAAGUUUCUAGCAGAUAUGAGGCGCCCAUCUUCUGUCCUGAGAAGACUCCGUCCAGUUACAGCUCAAUUCAAGAUUGAUAUUUCACCAGUGCCAGAAAACCCCCAUUAUUGCCUCUCACCUGAACUGUUGCAUGUCAAGCCCUACCCUGAUUUGCGUGUCCGACCCACCAAGGAGAUCCUUGAAUUCCCUGUUCGAGAAGUCUACAUCCCUCACACAACAUAUCGGAAUCUACUCUACAUUUAUCCACAGAAUCUGAAUUUCAGCAGCCGUCAAGGCUCAGUGCGAAACAUUGCAGUGAAACUACAGUUUAUGGCUGGAGAGGAUCCUAGCCAAGCCAUGCCUGUUAUCUUUGGAAAAUCAAGUUGCAGUGAGUUUGCCAAAGAGGCUUACACAGCUGUUGUGUACCAUAACAAGUCACCUGAGUUCUAUGAGGAGUUCAAGCUGAAGAUCCCAGCCAAUUUGACAGACAACCAUCACCUGCUUUUCACCUUUUAUCACAUUAGCUGUCAACAGAAGCAGAACACACCUCUGGAGACUCCUGUUGGUUACACAUGGAUUCCUCUCAUGCAACAUGGACGGCUGAGAACAGGGCAGUUUUGCUUGCCAGUGUCAGUUGACAAGCCUCCACCCAGCUAUUCAGUGCUCACUCCUGAUGUGCAGCUACCUGGCAUGAAGUGGGUGGAUAAUCACAAAGGCGUCUUCAGUGUGGAAAUUCUGGCUGUCUCCUCUGUUCACACUCAGGAUCCAUUCUUGGACAAGUUCUUCACUUUGAUACAUGUGCUAGAAGAAUAUACCUUUCCCUUUCGACUCAAAGAUGUGAUCCUAACAGAGAACAACAUAGAGUCUGAAUUGAAAUCUAGUGUGGGCAACUUACGAGUAGCUAGCCUGGAACCUUUGGUGGCCUUCAGUCAUCAGAUUCUCAACAAGCUGAUCCAACUCAUUGUGUAUCCACCUGUCAUUGCAGGGCAGAUUGUUAACUUGGGUCGUGCAGCAUUUGAAGCCAUUGCUGUGAUGGUGAACCAGAUCCAUAAGAGCCUGGAAAGCAGCCAAGAUCAACAUGGCCACAAUCAUCUGUUGGCCUCUUAUAUCUUCUACAUUUUCCGUCUGCCUGUGAUGGACCCAGAGAUUGGAGUGCCACCCCACAGUGGUACCCUUCAAUAUGCUACCUUGUCCCGUGCAACUGGGCGCCCUGUCAGCCUUAAUCUCUCUCGUUCCAAAAGUAUCAGCAACAGCAAUCCUGACUUGACCACUACACCAACUUCCCCAGAUGAAGAGGUUCAGAAGAUUAUCAGCAGCAAGGGGAUCGACCGCUCUCACUCUUGGGUCAACUCUGCCUAUGCCCCUGGAGGCCCCAAGUCUGUGCUUCGCAGGAACCAUCCGAACUCCAGCACGGACCUGAAGCAGGCUGCAGAGUGUGCACCUAAUCGUAUCUCCUCCUAUCUCGAGGGCUCCACUUUUGUGCCAGCAGCUCCGAUGAGACCAGCAACCAAAAAGCUACUUCAUGAAGAACUGGCCCUCCAGUGGGUGGUGAGCACCAGUUCUGUGCGGGAGGCUGCUUUGCAUCAAUCCUGGUUCUUCUUCCAGCUGAUGGUGAAGAGUAUGGUGCACCAUCUGUUCCUGUGUGACAAGCUAGAAGCCCCACGCAAGACACGCUUCCCUGGCCGUUUCAUCGAUGAUAUCUCAGCCCUGGUAUACACUGUCAGUGGUGAAAUUGCUAGCCGUUGUCAGAAGGAUGUGGAGCUGGUGGAGCAUCUCAACAGUAGCCUGGCCUUUUUUCUCAAUGACCUGCUGUCGUUCAUGAAUCGUGGCUUUGUCUUUGAUCUUCUGCGGUCUUAUUAUAAGCAGAUCAAUAACUGGCUGUUGACCACACAGAACCCCAAUGCCCUUAUUGCUCUCAGGAUGGACUUGAUCCGUAUCAUCUGCAGCCAUGAACAUUAUGUCACCCUAAAUCUUCCCUGCAGUGGUCUCUCCCUUCCUGCUUCCCCUUCUCCUUCCAUCUCAUCAGCAACUUCCCAGAGUUCAGCGUUCUCCAGCCACAUGCAGGACCAGCGAGUGGCCAGCAUGUUUGAGCUCUCUGUAGCUUUUCGCCAACAGCACUUCCUAGCAGGCUUGGUGUUGAUGGAGCUGGCACUCAUCCUGGAGCCUGAUGCAGAGUGGGCAUUCUUCCUGCACAAGAAAGCCAUCUGUACUCUACACAACCUGCUAUGCAGUCAUGACUCUGAUAGCCGCUACAGGGACCCUACUGUGCGAGCCCAAGUCGCUCAGCUCUAUUUGCCUCUGAUUGGCAUCAUCAUGGAUGCUCUACCGCAGCUCUAUGACUUUACAGAGAACCACCUCCAGAGAGGACGGCUUGCUUCAGUGAUGGUUGACGAUGGAAAUGGAGAUGGCAGCACCAUUAGCCAGUCAGUUGCCAUGGCCAUUGCAGGCUCUCCUUUGCCUCAUACUCAUCGGUCUACGGUCUUCCAAAUGCCAUCAAUGCCUCCCCGCCAGUACAGUAUGUUGUCUGCUGAGGCAAGUCGCAAUCUGCUGAUCUGUCUUCUCUGGGUACUGAAGAAUGCUGAUGGGGCUAUGCUACAUCGUUGGCUGGCUGACCUCUCAGCUUUCCAUGUGAACCGUCUUCUUGACUUACUCUACCUUUGUGUCUCCUGCUUUGAAUACAAGGGCAAAAAGGCCUUUGAACGCAUCAAUAGCCUGACCUUCAAAAAAUCUCUGGACAUGAAGGCGCGACUGGAGGAAGCCAUCUUAGGCACUAUUGGGGCACGUCAAGAAAUGGUUCGACGCAGCCGAGCAGAGCGCAGCCCUUUUGGAAACCAAGAAAAUGUUCGCUGGAGGAAGAAUAUUGCUCACUGGAGACAGAAUUCGGACAAGGUGGACAAGUCAAAGGAAGAGAUAGAACAUGAUGCUUUGGUAGAUGGAAACCUGGCUACAGAGGCCUACAUGGUGGUGCUGGAUACCCUGGAAAUUAUUGUGCAAACAGUAUCUGAAACCAAGGAGAGUGUCCUGGGUGGGGCGCUGAGGGUGCUUCUUCACAGCAUGGGCUGUACACCUAGUGCUGCUUUCUUGCAACACUGUUUUGCCACUCAGAGAGCACUAGUGAGCAAGUUCCCUGAAAUGCUUUUUGAAGAAGAUACUGAACUGUGUGCUGAUCUGUGCCUGCGUCUCCUACGCCACUGUAGUAGCAGAAUAGCGAUCAUUCGCACCCAUGCAAGCACCUCACUCUACCUUCUCAUGAGGCAGAACUUUGAGAUUGGCAAUAACUUUGCCCGAGUGAAGAUGCAGGUCACCAUGUCCCUCUCCUCGCUUGUGGGAACAUCUCAGAACUUCAAUGAGGAGCACUUGAGGCGCUCACUGAAAACCAUCCUUACCUAUGCUGAAGAAGACCCGGAGUUGCGAGAGACAACCUUUGCUGAGCAGGUACAAGAUCUUGUCUUUAACUUGCACAUGAUCCUGACAGACACAGUAAAGAUGAAGGAACAUCAGGAGGAUCCAGAGAUGCUGAUAGACCUUAUGUAUAGGAUAGCCAAGGGAUACCAGGCGUCACCAGAUCUGAGGCUAACAUGGCUGCAGAACAUGGCAGCAAAGCAUUCUGAACGUGGAAACCAUGCAGAGGCAGCACAGUGUUUGGUGCAUUCUGCUGCACUGGUAGCUGAAUAUCUGAGUAUGUUGGAAGACUGCCGCUAUUUACCGGUGGGCUGCGUCACUUUCCAGAACAUAUCUUCCAAUGUGCUAGAAGAGUCUGCUGUUUCAGAUGACAUAUUGUCCCCAGAUGAAGAGGGCAUCUGUUCUGGAAAAUACUUCACAGAACAAGGACUGGUAGGCUUGCUUGAGCAAGCAGCUUCUUCAUUUACUUUGGGUGGACUUUAUGAGGCUGUCAAUGAAACCUACAAGAUCUUCAUUCCAAUCCAUGAAGCCAACCGUGACUUCAAGAAGUUGGCAGUGCUGCAUGGCAAAUUGCAAGAUGCUUUCAGUAAGAUAACUAGCCAGAGAAUGUUUGGAACAUAUUUCCGGGUUGGUUUUUAUGGCAGCAAAUUUGGAGACUUGGAUGAACAAGAGUUUGUCUACAAAGAACCUUCUAUUACUAAAUUAGCUGAAAUUUCUCAUCGACUUGAGGAGUUUUAUGCUGAACGUUUUGGGCAUGAAAUGGUGGAAAUCAUCAAAGGUUCCAAUCCUGUAGAUAAGACCAAACUGGAUCCCAAUAAGGCAUACAUCCAGUUGACUUAUGUGGAGCCUUUCUUUGACACAUAUGAACUGAAGGACCGUGUCACAUAUUUUGACAAGAACUACAAUCUGCGCACUUUCAUGUUUUGCACCCCUUUCACAUUGGAUGGACGAGCCCAUGGGGAUCUGCACGAGCAGUUCAAGCGCAAGACUCUGCUCACCACUUCUCAUGCUUUCCCUUACAUCAAAACUCGCAUUAAUGUCAUCCACAAGGAAGAGAUCAUUCUUAUUCCUAUUGAAGUAGCCAUAGAGGACAUGCAGAAGAAGACUCAGGAAUUGGCUUUUGCCACCCACCAGGAACCAGCUGAUGCCAAGAUGCUGCAGAUGGUGCUUCAGGGAUGUGUUGGAACCAUAGUCAAUCAGGGUCCCCUGGAAGUGGCACAGGUAUUUUUGGCUGAAAUCCCUGAUGACCCCAAGCUCUAUCGACACCACAACAAACUCCGACUGUGCUUCAAAGAUUUCACUAAGAGAUGUGAAGAUGCCCUUCGUAAAAGCAAGACAUUGAUUGGACCAGACCAACGUGAAUUCCUGAGAGAGCUAGAGAGGAAUUACCAGCGUCUAAAGGAAGCCCUGCACCCGCUACUCAACCGCAAAAUCCCUCAACUCUAUACACCAGUUGCCCCUCAUUCUGCACACAGAAACUCCUUCAACAGAUUGUGUCUGCGGAAGAUGGAAGCCUAACCUGGAUUUCUUGAAUUGCAAGGAGCCUAAUUUAUGAGAGGAAGUACUGAACUUUGCCGCCACCAGAGUUUCAGUCUUAAUGAAGGAUUGUGCACUUACUUUGCACUGGAAGACAAUAUUGAGAUUCCUGCCCUAUUUUUCCUGCGUUGUUCAAGAUUUGAAGAAAGAGUUUCAAUCAAAUAGAAAGAGAACAUUUGUUGAAGAUGUUGGAAGGAGCUCCCACAUUCUGCCUUGUUGAAGACUGAGCUCCACCCUUGGGAAAUUUCUCAGCAACAGCCAUCUGGGUUGGGAAGGCUAGGUCAGACCUCCUGCAGAUCUUCUUGAUCCUAGUGGAGAUUUGUGUCAUAGACACUGACCUUGAAUUUCCAUAUACAGCAGGUAGAUUCAAAAUGUAACUCUAGGUGGACUUGGAGAUGGACUUGAAGAUAGGUGGAAUAUCUCUGAAGAGUACUCUGAUUUCACUUGAAAAAAUAUGAAGUUACAUUCUAGAAUGUUCCAGAUAGCCUUUUUAAUUUUCAGAAGCAUACAGAGACAUUGUGCCAUUUAAAUAUAAGGUUGUCCUGACUAUUGAGAUUCGACCUAAACUGAAGUCUUCAAUAAUGGUAAGAAGCAUAAAUUGGUUAGCAGCUCACAAUGGCUGUCAGUUUUUAAUUAAAACUGCUCCUGUUUGGAAUUGAAAUAUCCCUCCAACGUUUUCUCUAGAUCAGAAUUCUGUCUUGUUCCAAGUCUAAGCUGAGCCUUGAUUUUUGUCUUGAGGAAAUUAUAAUAAAAUUUAUUUAUAAUCCAA